AUGAAGUAGAAUUAGCAAUUUUGCAAAUCCUUUUGUAGUUUCUUGUCAUUACAGUAGAAUUUUCCAUAGUUUUUUAUUAAUCUGCAAAUUUAAACAAAGAGCCAAAAUUAAUUUCGUGUGGCAAUGCCAUAAUCUUGCGAAUAAAAUAAGCUAGGACUAUGGGUUCGAUUUCUUUCUUCUUCAGAGAUUGAAAUUGAACCAAAUCGACUGAAGAAGCUCUCCAGAUGUCGUCGCCAAGUCCAGGAAGUCGGAGGAUGCAAGUGGAUGUUGUUAAACUAAUCGAAAGCAAGCACGAGGUGACAAUACUCGGCGACGAAAUGAAUCUAUUCUCCGUCAAAUUCUUCGGACCUCAAGACACGCCUUAUUACGGGGGAGUGUGGAAACUGCGAGUGAGUCUCCCAGACACUUACCCUUUCAAAUCUCCCUCUAUUGGUUUCAUGAACAAAAUAUAUCAUCCCAACAUUGACGAGGCAUCUGGCACUGUAUGUCUGGACGUGAUCAACCAGACGUGGACUUCCAUGUAUGACUUAAGUAACAUCUUCGAGGUGUUCCUCCCCCACCUGCUCACAUACCCCAAUGCACAGGACCCCCUCAAUGGGGACGCAGCCGCACUUUACCUCCACAAACCAGAGGACUUCAGGGCCAAAGUCAGAGACUACGUGCAGCGCUACGCGACAGAAGUGGCUCUUCGUGAGUUGGAGCAAGGCAGUGACAAUUCAGACGAAGAGAGCAGCAUCUCAGACUUCUCCUCAGAGGACGAGACCCAGGACAUGGAGUUAUAGCAGCUGCCCAGUACAGUCCAGUGCACUCCACCAACCCACAUCCAGUUAAGUCCAACACUCACAGUCCAGAGCGAGUGAGAGUGAGAGUGACAGAUACUACAAAAUUAGAUACCACUUACUGCACUGUGUGCUCAUUUUGAAUAUAAAAACAGAACGAAACUGAUUAUUAUUAGAAGUUAUGAAAUUUCAACGUAAUUCAAAUUAUAGUAGCAUUAAGUUUGCAUCGCAAAAGUUAUCGAAGUUUAAUUUUUCAUAAAGAAAGUUAUUAAUCUUACACGG